UGUCUUAAAAGAAACUAAUCAUGGCCUUUACUAGUACUUGCACUUGCUUUAUUUUUGCUAUAUUGUUGUUUAUCUCAAGCAUGCAAUCCGAAGCACAUUUAUAUCCUAAAUUUUAUGACUACACAUGUCCAAAAGCACUUAGUACGAUCCGGGCAGCUACAAGGAGAGCCAUUUCCCGUGAGCGUAGGAUGGCAGCAUCACUCAUUCGACUCCAUUUCCACGAUUGUUUUGUUCAAGGAUGUGAUGCAUCAAUCUUGCUUGAUGAUGCACCCUCGAUCUUGAGCGAGAAAAACUCGAGAAUUAAUGAAAAUUCAAUCAGAGGAUAUGAUGUCAUUGAUGAUGUCAAGGCCCAAGUGGAGAGCAUUUGUCCUGGCAUUGUUUCAUGUGCAGAUAUUGUUGCAGUUGCAGCUCGUGAUGCAUCUGUCGCCGUUGGUGGACCAACAUGGACGGUAAAACUUGGAAGAAGAGACUCUACCACAGCAAACGUCAACAUAGUUGAGAGCAACCUUCCAACGGCUAGAGAUCCCCUUGAAAAGCUAAUUAAGUUGUUUCAUGACAAAGGUUUGAGUAAAAGAGACAUGGUUGCCCUUUCAGGAUCACAUACAAUUGGUCAAGCAAGAUGUGUGACUUUUCGUGAUAGGAUUCACAACAAUACAAGUGAUAUUGAUGCUGACUUUGCUAGAACUAGAAAGCGCAAGUGCUCACUUGAUACAGAUAGCAACGAGAAUUUAGCACCACUUGAUUUGGUGACACCUAAUUCUUUUGAUAAUAACUACUUCAAGAAUCUCAUUAAGAAGAAGGGUCUUAUUGAAUCAGAUCAAAUUCUAUUUAGUGGAGGAUCCACAGACAGCAUUGUUUGGGAAUAUAGCAAGAGGCCUUCAACUUUCGAAGCUGAUUUUGCUGCUGCCAUGGUGAGGAUGGGAGAUAUCGAUCCCAUCACAGGUUUUAAAGGACAAAUAAGAAAACGUUGCAAUGUAGUCAACUACUAAGUUGUCAUGAGCCAAUCUAAUAUAUAGUUCGUCGUGUAUUAUUUAUUUGUUUUAUUUUAUUUUUUGCAUGGUGUGGCAAUAAUGUCGUCAAUUCAU